UUCUCUGGUAUAACGAAAGACGAGAAAGUGGAAGAAAAAUCGAAAAAGGUGGUUGAGGAGAACAAGAAGGAGGGCAAGAAGUUUGAAGCGCCUGUGGUGAGAAUCGAGAAGAAAACGCCGCCACCUCAGAGGAAGAAUGAGACGAUUGCUGUUGUUGAGCCGAAAGAGAUCAAGGAAGAGAAGGCCGGCAUUUCACCAGAAUUGCCACCAAAGAAAGAGGUCGAGCUUAAAGGGCUGAAAGUGUCGUCGAAGCCAGCAGUGCUUAAAGAGGAAAAGGUUCAGAAAAUCCUCGGCGUCAGCGUCGCUGUCGUGCAAAGCGACUACCAUGAAACAAGCGGUCUGUACUAA